CGACAGCGAAGCUACACUCUCAGGGAUGACGACGUCGAAGACUAGAAACGAAUAACACCACGAAGCCAGAAAGAAUAAGAAGAUAACGGUAGGAAAGAAAUUUCAGAACUUGGAAGUCACAGACAGAGAAGGAAAGACGAUCGGAGAAGAUGAUAGCCGGCGAGACCGGAAAGUGGAAGCCGAGAAGUUUGGAAUCGGAGGGAAAAAGGCUAAAAAUGAAUAUAUAUAUAUAUAUAUAUAUGAUUUUGAUUGGCCCGCGGGCUGACACGAGGCCCAUUCGGGCUGGCCCGAUUAGACCCGCAGGGGAGAAGCUUAUCAGAGUGUAGCUGCCGCCAAUUGGCCAUUGAAUCGAAACCAUUCCUAAGACCAGCUCAAGCUUUUCUUCUUCAUCGUCCAUGUCUCUUCUUCUUCUUCUAAAUCCGCAACCAUCUAUGGUCUCCACACUCCAAUCUUCCAUGCGCCGCACACUCCGUUCCUUCUUCCCCUCACCAAUUCAGGUUCGUCAGAAAUUGCGUUUCAAGAAUUCCAAGCUUAUUUCUUUCACCAGAGGCGCCUUCUACUGCACUUGUACCACUGCGGAUGCUGCAAAUUCAGACUGCUCUCCAUUUGUAAUCACUACUCCGCUUUACUAUGUAAAUGCCCCUCCUCACAUGGGAAGCGCUUACACUACCAUUGCGGCCGACGCCAUAGCUCGUUUUCAGAGGCUCCUGGGGAAGAGUGUUAUAUUUGUCACCGGCACAGACGAGCAUGGGGAGAAGAUUGCUGCAGCUGCUGCUGCCAAUGGUUCCAGUCCCGGUGAGCAUUGUGAUCUAAUUUCACAAGCUUAUAAGUCACUCUGGAGUGAGUUAGACAUAUCUUAUGACAAGUUUAUUCGGACGACUCACCCCGAUCAUGAAGCCAUUGUCAAGGAAUUUUACUCAAAGGUGCUCGCCAAUGGAGAUAUUUACCGCGCAGAUUAUGAGGGCCUGUACUGUGUCAACUGUGAGGAAUAUAAGGAUGAGAAAGAUUUGUUGGAAAAUGAGUGCUGCCCCAUCCAUCUGAAGCCUUGUGUUCGCAGGAAGGAAGAUAAUUACUUCUUUGCUCUAUCGAAGUUUCAAAAGCGGUUAGAGGAGAUUUUAGCAGAUAACCCCGAUUUUGUGCAGCCUUCCUUUCGUUUGAACGAGGUACAAGGCUGGGUGAAAAGUGGACUGAGAGAUUUCUCCAUUUCCCGAGCGUCAGUGGACUGGGGUAUCCCUGUGCCAAAUGAUAACAAGCAGACUAUUUAUGUAUGGUUUGAUGCUUUGUUGGGGUACAUAUCUGCUCUUUCCGAUGAUAAGAAGCAACCUAAUUUACAGGCUGCUGUUUCCUCUGGUUGGCCUGCAUCACUACACUUGAUUGGGAAGGACAUAUUACGGUUUCAUGCAGUUUAUUGGCCGGCAAUGUUGAUGUCAGCUGGAGUCAGUCUCCCGAAGAAGGUUUUUGGCCAUGGAUUCUUGACAAAGGAUGGCAUGAAAAUGGGAAAGUCAUUGGGAAAUACUCUUGAACCUACUGACUUGGUGCACAGAUUUGGAGCUGAUGCUGUCAGGUAUUUCUUCCUUAAGGAGGUGGAGUUUGGUUGUGAUGGUGACUACUCAGAGGACCGUUUCAUCAAUAUUAUUAAUGCGAAUCUUGCAAAUACUAUUGGUAAUCUUCUCAAUCGUACACUUGGGCUUUUGAGAAAAAAUUGCCAAUCUACCAUUGCUGUUGAUUCAACGAUUGCUGCAGAAGGAAAUGCAUUCAAGGAUAAUGUGGAAAAGCUGGUCGAUAAAUCGAGGCAGCACUAUGAGAAUCUUGAGCUGUCAUCAGCCUGCGCAGCUAUUCUAGACAUUGGCAUUGCUGGAAAUGUAUAUAUUGAUGAAAAAGCACCAUGGUCACUUUUUAAGCAAGGAGAAUCUGGUUUCGAAAUGGCUUCCAAGGAUCUAGUGAUUGUGUUGGAAGCUAUAAGGAUCGUAGCAAUUGCUUUGUCUCCAAUUACUCCGAGUUUAUCUUUGAGAAUAUACACCCAGCUCGGCUACUCUGAGGACCAAUUCAGUGCUGUCACUUGGAAUGAGACAAAUUGGGGAGGGCUUAAGCAAGGCCAUGUCACUGCACAGCCGAAACCUGUGUUGGCCCGAAUUGAGAUUGAAGCUGACUCCAAUGGUACAACUGAGGAACCAAAGAAAUCCAGUAAGAAAAAGGAAGGCCAAAAAACGAAAAAGGUGGUUGAAGCCUAGCAAUAUGUUUGUCCACCAAGGAAAGCGAGCAGAUAAGAAGAAUUCUGUAUGUUUCCCGAG